CUGUGGUCAACCGGAUGCGCACGCAUCGUCCCACUAUUUAUAAUUUCGCUUUGAAACAAUUCUAACAUGGAGGAAACGGCCGAACUUAGACACAUGUUGAUGAGUUUUCGCGUCUCCGAGCUCCAAACUCUGUUGGGUUUUGCGGGUCGUUCUAAAUCCGGCCGAAAACACGAGUUGAUGGGCCGAUCUUUACAACUGUUGAAAUGCGAGGGAAAUUAUCAAGUUCGCGCCAAAAUACGAGAGCUGUAUAGAGCUAGGUACCCUAGAAGAGUUGUUAUUUCUCCUCAAAAGAGCGUACCACCACCAAGAAGUCUACCACCACCUCCAAGUCGAAGGGAAGAGAUGUCGAAUUCUGUGCCGGUUCACCCUGACGUUCGACUAGUUUCGUUGCCGUUUUUCGAGCAUAUUGAUGACUUGGUUCGUCCGACAAGCCUAGUUCCAGUUGGGAUGUCACAAUUACAGGAGAAUUAUGUUGUUUUCCACUUAACUCCAAGACAAGUUGGUCUCAUUACAACCUCCAGGGAUAAUAGACCACAUUCUAGACAUGAUUUUACUGUCCAGAUACAGUUAAGAAUCUGUUUAUUAGAGACAAGUUGUGAGCAAUCUGACAAUUUCCCUUCCUCAUUAUGUAUAAAAGUCAAUGGAAAAAUUUGCUCUCUUCCGGGUUAUGUUCCACCGAAUGCUAGUGUAGAUCACAAGCGCCCUGGCAGACCUGUCAAUAUCACCAACCAGUGUCGUCUCUCGUCUACUGUACCAAACCAUAUCCAUGUAUCUUGGACCCCACGGCAUGGUCAGAGACAUGUUGUGGUCAUACGACUGGUGCGACUUGUGACGUCCAGUUGCUUGAUGCAGAGAUUAAAGGCUCGUGGAUAUAGAAACCCAGACCAUUCAAGGGCCCUAAUUAAGGAAAAGCUAGCGCACGACCCAGACAGUGAAGUUGCUACAACAAGUUUGCGUGUCACUCUACUUUGUCCACUUGGAAAGUCCAAGAUGACACUUCCUUGUAGGUCAGUAACAUGCAGCCAUCUUCAGUGCUUUGAUGCUGCUCUCUAUCUCCAAAUGAAUGAGAAAAAAACGACUUGGAUUUGUCCUGUGUGUGAUCAAAAGGCAGAAUUCAAGAGUUUAGUUUUAGAUGGUUUGUUCAGGGAGAUUUUAGACAACACUAGUGGGAGCUGCACUGAAAUCUCAUUCUAUGAGGAUGGGUCAUGGAGGCCAGCUGUUGAAAAUCAAGAACUAGAAAGCAAAGCAGCUGUGAAAGCAAUCAUCGCAGCCAGCCCAAUAAAAAAGAUGCCCAUUGCUAAAGCUGAGCCAGAAACCAAGGAGGAAGUCUCAGUGAUUGAUCUAACAGAGGACACAGAUGAAAGUGACAGUGACAGAGAUGAUGAUGAAGAUAUGGAUACUUCCAGGAAUAGUGACGACCUCUAUGCACCAAUCAGUAACAGCACCAUCAGCUCAACUAGUAGCAAUAGCUACAACAAGAGGGUGUCAUCAAGCUCAGUGAUCAUGCCGCCUUCCUCGCACUCCAGAUCACCCAACUCACCUGGCUCACCCAACCCGACGCUGUUCAGUCACCCAAGCUAUUACCCACCCCCACCUCUGGAUUUCCAAGGAAUUGAUAUUUACAGAUUUCUACAUACGGAUGACCAGAUAAGCCGAAGAUCAAAUCGUCGCGGUCCCCACCGAUACUUCACAAGGAAAUUCAGCACGAAUUCAGAUCCAACCCUGAGAUAAACUAGAGUACCCGAUGUACCAUUUAGGAGACCACGCAAAUCUUCUUGGACAGCUCAGCAUGGCAUCCAAUCCAAACGUCAUCCAGUUAGACGACUGAGACGACUGCAAGAAGAUAUUUCGGAGGGCACGGGGUCGUAAUACCCGUGAUGCAAGGCGAGUUAUGGAGGAUGGCUAUUACGUGCUAUACCCAUGAUGCAAGGUGAGCCAUGGAAGAUGGCUGUCACGUGCUAUACCCAUGAUGCAAGGCGGACUAUGGAAGAUGGCUGUCAAGUGUUACCCAUGAUGCAAGGCGAGCUAUGGAAGAUGGCUGUCAGGUGUUACCCAUGAUGCAAGGCGAGCCAUGGAAGAUGGCUGUCACGGGCUAUACCCAUGAUGUAAGGCGAACUUUGGAAGAUGGAUGUCAAGUGUUACCCAUGAUGCAAUGCGAGCUAUGGAAGAUGACUGUCAGGUGUUAUCCAUGGUGCAAGGCGAGCCAUGGAAGACGGUUAUCGCGUGCUUUACCCAUGAUGUAAAGCGAACUAUGGAAGAUGGCUGUCAAGUGUUGCCCAUGAUGCAAGGCGAGCUAUGGAAGAUGGCUGUCAAGUGUUACCUAUGAUGCAAGGCGAACUAUGGAAGAUGGCUGUCAGGUGUUACCCAUGAUGCAAGACGAGCUAUGGAAUAUGACUGUCACGUGUUAUCCGUGGUACUAUUCGAGCUGUCACGUGUUUCCGAUGAAGCAAGAUACCGUCACGAGAGUAGGAAAAUGGGAAGGGAAAAUCUCUUUCCCACAUCAGCCUGCAUGCUACAGGGACAACAAUUUUUUUGGAAAGAAGUUGAUCGGCAAUUGGAACUCGUGAUCGGCAAAUGGAACAAUUGAUCAGUUAAUUAGAACCAUUAAUUGGUAACUGUAACUGUUGAUCGGCUACUGGAACUAUUUGAUAGGAAAAUCAACGAAUUAAUAAGCUGUGGAAAAUGGAGAGAGCCGUUUAGCCCGGACUUUUUGUAGCAUCCUCGAGAGCUAACUAUUUAAUCGUUUUGCAAAACCAGCAGAGUAAUGAAAUACCGACAGAAUACGCGAGAAUGUAAAUACAGAGGACAGUUGGCGGAUCUGAAGAUAUUUAGAUUCAGCUUGAAUUGCAGUUCAUUCGUUAAUUAACAAGCACAUCCAUUUCAAUUAUGUACAUAAGAGAGAACAAAAUUAAAAUUUUAUGGCAAAUAAUAAGAGAAAUUUUAGC